GGGGCUUGGGAGCUGGGGCUGGGUCGGCGCGCGCUGCAGGUUCGGUUGAGCCGAGGUCUUCUCCGGCGCUCGGGUUUAGGGAUGUAAGUGGGGGGACUGAGCAAUGGCUGCCGAAAAGAAGCCGGAAGAUGAUCAUGGGAACAGCAAUGGCAGUCAUGUGAAAAUAUUCUUGCCCAAGAAAUUGCUUGAAUGUCUACCGAAAUGUUCUGCUUUACCAAAGGAAAGACACCGCUGGAACACAAAUGAGGAAAUCGCAGCUUAUUUAAUAACAUUCGAGAAACAUGAAGAAUGGCUAACAACUUCCCCCAAAACCAGGCCGCAGAAUGGCUCCAUGAUCCUCUACAACAGGAAGAAGGUGAAGUACAGAAAGGACGGUUACUGCUGGAAGAAACGGAAAGACGGCAAGACGACCAGAGAGGACCACAUGAAGCUGAAGGUGCAGGGAGUGGAGUGUCUUUACGGAUGUUACGUGCAUUCUUCCAUCAUCCCCACUUUCCACCGGAGGUGCUACUGGCUUCUUCAGAACCCCGACAUCGUAUUAGUGCAUUACCUGAACGUGCCGGCCAUCGAGGACUGCGGGAAACCUUGCGGCCCAAUCUUGUGCUCCAUCAACACCGACAAGAAGGAGUGGGCAAAAUGGACGAAGGAGGAACUGAUCAGCCAACUGAAGCCGAUGUUUCAUGGCAUCAAGUGGACUUGCAGUAACGGCACGAACAGUGCCGGCUUCUCGGUGGAACAGCUUGUUCAGCAGAUCCUGGACAGUCACCAGAGUAAACCGCAGCCUCGCACGCACAACUGCCUGUGCACCGGCACCCUCGGGCCUGGGAGCAGCGUGCACCACAAGUGUAACAGUGCCAAGCACCGCAUCAUCUCUCCCAAGGUGGAGCCCCGGUCGGGGGGCUACAGCGGCCACGCAGAGGUGCAGAACAACGACGUGUCCGAGGGCAAGAACGACCACGGCCAUGGCAAGGCCAGCGGCCGGGAGAGGAGGAACGGCAAAGUGGCCAAACCCGUCCUGCUGCACCAGAACAGCACCGAGGUCUCCUCCACCAACCAGGUGGAAGUGCCUGACACCACCCAGAACUCCCCGGUGUCCAUCAGCAGUGGGCUGAACAGCGAGACGGACAUGGCCGACAGCCCGGCCAUCACCGCCGUCUCCAGCAUCGCCGUGGCCUCCGUCAUGUGCAGCCUCUCGCAGAACGCCACCGUCUUCAUGUCCGAGGUCACCAACGAGGCCGUGUACGCCAUGUCCCCCAGCGCCGGCCCUAACCAGCACCUCAUGGCGCCCGAGCCCGGCGCCCAGGGCCUGGUGCUGGCCGUCAACUCCGACGGGCACAAGUUCGCCUUCUCGGCCUCCGGCGGCCCAGACAGCCUGUCCAUCAUGUCGGCCAACAUCUCGGAGGACCUGGUGCUCUCAUCCACCCUGGAGACCAGCGAGAAGAUCCCGGAGGCCAGUAUGAACUUCGACCCCGACUGCUUCCUGAACAACCCCAAGCAGGGCCAGACGUACGGUGGGGGGGCCUUGAAGAGCGACGGGGAGGGGGUCGCGGGCCUGAGGCCUGGGGUGGGGGCCGAGGGCGGCUACACCUUCAGCGGGACUCUCCUGAAGGAGAUCAAGACCGAGGACAAUUCCUUCGAGCAGCAGAUGUGCAAGGAGGGUUACUCCACCUCCUCCUCCUCCGUCCCCAACUCCAUAUCUCUGACCCCCGGCUCGGCCUUGCUGUCCUCUGGAGGCUUGAGCCCCAGCACCACCCUGGAGCAGAUGGAUUUCAGCGCCAUCGACUCCAGCAAGGACUUCUCGGGCUACGUGCAGCCCUCGCAGGGCAACCACCAGUCCCACCAGAGCCCCUCGCCCAGCUUCUUCCUGCAGGACGCUGGCAAGACCCACCAUCAGCUGGAGCAGGGCGGGCACGGGGGGCAGCUGGGGGAGAUGGGCGGCAGCUCCUCCUUCGCCAGCCCCAUGCCCCUCGCCAACGUCAAGACCGAGGCCACCGGCCAGACCCCGCCGAGCUGCAACCGAGCCGGGGAGCCGGGCCGGGUGGAGGCCGGGGCCUCGCUGCAGCUCCUGCAGUUCCAGGCCAACUUCCAGCCCGUAGCCUCGGAGGCCGAGGUUCCCAUGGAAACGACAGGGCAACCGGAGAACGGCGGCAACCUGCUCAAGUCGGCGGAAAUGGCGGCCUGCGUCACCGAGCACUACAUCCCACCCGAGGGCGAGGGCGCAGCGGCGGCAGCGGCGGCGGCAGCAGCAGCGGGCACCAACCUGCCCAUCCUGCAGGGCAACAUCGUGAGCGGCCUGUACCCCAUCGCCCACCACAGCCUCAACCCGGCCAACAUGGAGCUCAACCUGGACCACUUCGACAUCUCCUUCAGCAACCACUUCUCCGACCUGAUCAAUGACUUCAUCUCGGUGGAGGGGGGCACGGGCAUGCUGUACGGGCACCAGCUGGCGGGGGGCGAGGGCAGCGGCCUACCCCAGGUCGGCGACGAGGGGGCGAGGGCUUCCUUCGGGCCGGCGGAGAUGUGCGUCCCCUGCUGCAGCCCCCAGCAAGGGCACCUGCAGCUGGGCAGUGGCGAGGCGGGGGCCGGGACUGGCUCCUUGGCCUACAUGCACGUGGCAGAGGUAGUGGCGGCCCAAGGCCCCCUGGGCGCGCUGCAGCAGAGCGGACGCCUCUUCAUGGUGACCGACUAUUCCCCAGAGUGGUCCUACCCCGAGGGAGGAGUGAAAGUACUGAUCACAGGCCCUUGGCAGGAGGCCAGCAAUAACUACAGCUGCCUGUUCGACCAGAUCUCUGUACCUGCGUCCCUCAUCCAGCCCGGAGUGCUCAGGUGCUACUGCCCAGCUCACGACACCGGCCUGGUCACCCUGCAGGUGGCCUUCAACAGUCAGAUCAUCUCCAACUCGGUGGUCUUCGAAUACAAAGCUCGGGCCCUGCCCGUUCUCCCCACCUCACAGCACGACUGGCUCUCUCUGGACGACAACCAGUUCAGGAUGUCUAUCCUGGACCGUUUGGAACAGAUGGAGCGACGGAUGGCAGAGAUGGGCUCCCACCAGCACCAUCAUCAGACCAGCGGUGGGGGGCUGGGAGGGGGCAACGGAGGAGCGGGAGGAGCUACCAGCCAGGGCCAGGGCUCUUCCAGGGCAGCGAGCUGUUCCUUCGAGGACCGUGUUGUGGUGGUGUGCGAGAAGAUGAUGAGCCGAGCGUGUUGGCUCAAGUCCAAGCAACUCAUCCAUUCCAAGACCUUCCGGGGAAUGACGCUGUUACACUUGGCGGCCGCUCAGGGCUACGCCACGCUCAUCCAGACGCUCAUCAAAUGGCGGGCGAAACACGCAGACAGUAUUGACUUGGAGCUGGAGGUCGAUCCAUUGAACGUGGAUCAUUUCUCCUGCACACCUCUGAUGUGGGCCUGUGCGUUGGGGCACACCGAGGCAGCUGUGGUGCUUUACAAAUGGGAUCAUCGAGCCCUCUCCAUCCCAGACUCGCUGGGCCGCCUGCCCCUGGCCAUCGCUCGAUCCCGGGGCCACGUGAAGCUGGCCGAGUACCUGGAGGAGCUGCAGAGGGAGGAGGAGCCCCAGCUCGCCGGCCUGCCCCAGACCCCCAGCAUGGGCUGCUCACCCUCCUCACAGCCCGCCACUGACUCCUGGAUCGCACAGUGGAAUAGCGGCAGUAACAGCAAUCAGGAGGCCCAGAAGGGUCUCAGUACAUCUCCGACCACAGGUACAGAUCUGAGGAGACCGCGCUCGGAAUCUUCGCAGUACGCCGGCAACGACAGCCAAAAGGACCUCCCGGCUUCCAAGAAGCACAAGCUGAACUCUGAACACAUCCACCCCCGACACCAGAAGCCCUCGCCCCAGCCCCAGCCCCAGUCCCCGCCCGGUUGUCUAGAGCAGAAAGUGACCCCGAAGCUGAGCUCCAGCCCCAAGCAACCCAGCCCCGAGGCCACCGAUCCCGAGACGGAGAGGAGAUGCCCCAGGGAAGGCUCCCCACGCCUCCCUGAAUUUCCGGCCCCCCUGUCGGCCACGUGUCGGAACGUGGGGAACCAGACCAGUCUGAAGGCCGCGCCCAAAGAGAUCUACGUGACGGUGGCGGCUCAGACGGCGCCGGGUCAGCCCGCGGCCAUCAAGAAGGUCUCGGGCCUGAGCGCGGGCUCCAUCGCGCACAGGUUACGGCAGAAGCAGGACAUCAGCGUCCUGAUGUUAACGGAGAGGGAGAUCGCCAAUGCUCAGCUCCUGGCCUACAAGGAAAACCUAGAGAACGAACACUGCCUGCAGCACAUGGACGAUCUGCAAGUGAACAUGAUGACCCUGGCUGAGCAGAUCAUUGAAGCAACUCCAGACAGGAUCAAGCGGGAAAACUUCAUCCCGAUGGAAUCUGCGUUGAGCGAGCGUGCGGACAAUCCCGGUGGGAACAUCACCAUGAGCUGGCUGGCUAGUUACCUGGCAGACGUCGACCAUUUACCCAGCUUCUCUCAGCUCCGAUCCCUGUAUAGUGAACCACUGACUCCUCCUUCCAACACCAGCCAAAGCCCUGCCGCAUCUCCGAUCAGCGAGGUUAGUUUCGAGAAACCCACUCUCCCAUCAGCAGCAGAUUGGUCUGAGUUCCUGAACGUGUCGACCAGAGAGAGGAUGGAGCGGGACUUUGCCCAGCUGACGCUGUCAGACCAUGAACAGAGAGAGCUGUACGAGGCUGCCAAACUGGUGCAGAUUGCUUUCCGCAAAUACAAGGGUCAUCCUUUCAAAGAGCAGCAGGACAUGGCAGCUGCCGUCAUUCAACGCUGCUACAGGAAGUACAAACAGCUUACGUGGAUCGCCUUGAAGUAUGCACUUUACAAAAAGAUGACGCAGGCCGCCAUCCUGAUCCAGAGUAAGUUCCGCAGCUAUUCCGAGCAGAAGAGGUUCCGGCAGAGCCGCCGAGCCGCAGUGCUGAUCCAGCAAUAUUACCGGAGUUACAAAGGGUACGGCAAACUCAGGCAAAAACACCGGAGCGCCACCACAGUUCAACAGAAACUCAGAAGCAGUCUGCUGACCAAGAGACAGGAUCAAGCAGCACGGAAAAUUAUGAGGUUUCUUCGCCGCUGCCGCCACAGAGCGAAAGAAUUGAGAAAGACAAAGGAACCUGAAGACGCACAGAAGCACCACAUGGCAAUGAUAUAAAACAUUGCUAACUGACUAUAUAGGUUUAUAUCAGAGACAUUCACAAAGAUCACUGCAGAUUCUGGAAGAUUUUGCAACAUUUUUCAUCGCAACAAGGCUCUGGAACCUUUUUUUCUCAACUACAUCGGCACUUUUACGGACCUUUUUUAGAAAAAAAACAAACGAGGCACCAUAGGACUUGAAGCUUAUGUUUUAAAAGAGAAAACUGAACUAACUUGUAGAAAAAGAAUUAACCUCUUAUUACCAGCCUGGCUUCUAUUUACUGUAAACUGCGUUUCAAGGUUUGCAAAACGAACGGGGGUUUAUGUCAGGAAAUAAGCUACCGCACGCC